AUGGCUCAAUACGAGCAGAAGGAAAUGGGCGCUCCCGUUCUGCAGGAGGUUGAGGGACAACCAUCUUAUCAGAACAAGGACGAUAUUUAUCUAGCCCGUAUGGGGAAGCGCCCUGUCUUGCAAAGAAACUUUGGUUUGAUGUCAAUGGUCGGUUUCAGCUGCACUAUUCUUAUCACCUGGGAAGCCGUAACUACUUUAUUUCUUCAGUCCUUUCAGAAUGGUGGUCCAGCCGGUUCAGUAUACGGCUACAUAUUUGUCUGGGUCGGUGUUACAGCCACAUUUGCCGUGGUAUCUGAGCUAGUAUCGAUGGCACCGACAUCAGGCGGUCAAUACCACUGGUGCUCAAUGAUGGCACCGAAGUCUGUCAUGAAAGUCAGCAGUUAUAUUACAGGCUGGCUCACGGUCAUCGGCUGGCAAGCCACAUACGCUACGGGUUUGUAUCUGAAUGGAAACUUCAUCGAGGCAUUGGUCAUUCUCACCAAUCCUGAUUAUACACCGGCACCGUGGCGGAAGACGCUCUAUUCAUGGGCCACAGCAGUCUUCGCAGCCAGUAUAAACAUCAUCGGAGGCAAGCUGCUGCCUCGAUUCGAGGGCACAAUUUUGAUCCUCCAUAUCCUGGGUUUCUUCGCCAUCCUGAUCCCAUUGACGUAUAUGGCCGAGCAUAAACCAGCCUCCGAAGUAUUCACAUACUUCAUCAACGAGGGCCAUUGGCCGACCCAAGGUCUUUCCUUCUUUAUCGGCAUUAUUGGCCCCGUGUUCGCAUUUGCAGGCGGCGACGCAGCAGUGCACAUGGUCGAAGAAAUGACCAACGCAACAGUCGCCGUCCCGUGGUCGCUGAUGCUCACAGUUCUGAUCAACGGAACACUAGGCUUCAGCAUGCUAAUAGCCCUAUACUUCUGCCUCGGCGACAUCGAAACAUCGCUAAAAUCCCCCACCGGAGUGCCUUUCCUCUCCAUCUUCUACCAAGCCACGGAAUCCACCGCCGGAACGGCCGCAGCCGGCUCCGUCAUCCAAGCUAUGUGCUGCUGCACAACUGUUGGCAUGCUAGCAUCGGCCUCGCGCCAGUUCUGGUCUUUUUCGCGGGACAGAGGUAUACCCGGAUGGCGUAUCUGGAGCAAGGUAACCCCCCGUACUGCAAUUCCAACCUACACUGUCCUCUUGACCAGCACAAUCGGCUGCCUCCUCAACCUGAUCAAUAUCGGCUCCGACGUCGCCUUCAACAGUCUCGUCUCCAUGUCCACCUCCGGGCUCUACCUCUCCUACAUGAUCGCCGCGGGCCUUCUCCUCUACCGACGUUGCACGGGCGAAAUCAGCGAGGCCAAGCGGAACUCCGAACAAACGAUGGUCAAUACCGCUGGCGCCAAGCUCGUCUGGGGCCCAUUCCAUCUUCCCGGCAUAUGGGGUAUCGGGGUUAAUAUCUUCUCGUUGGUUUAUAUGUUCAUCGCGACGUUCUUUAGCUUCUGGCCGCCGAUUAAUGAUGUUAAUUCCGAGUCGAUGAAUUAUAGUGUGGUUGGCACUGGGGGGACGGUGCUACUUAGUUUGGGGUAUUAUUUGGUGAGGGCGAGGGGGGUUUAUGAGGGGCCUGUCAUUGAGAUCUAG